GAGAUCAUGAGGUGUAUAUAACUUUAGCUUUUAGUUGCAGACUUUUGGUUUUGCCUUUUUUCUUUUGGCCUAACUAUUGAAUUAUAGCAAUGGUCCAUAUAAUUUUAAUUCAAUUCAAUUUUAUUUGUAUAGUGCUUUUAACAAUGGACAUUGUCACAAAGCAGCUUUAUCGAAUUAUAUAAAUUAUAUAUUGAUACGUUUUUACACUGUGCGAUUUCAGCAGUCUUUUAUGAAUAUUACUUGUCACACUGUACAAUAUGAUCCCAAUAAGAAUUCUGUAACAGCCCGUGCGACAAUGUGUUCUAGUCAGAUUAAAUGAUAGUUCCUAUGUUCUGCCAUACUGGGUGCACAGAGAUGCAGCACAGGUUUGUAGCUCUUCAGCUGGAAAGCAUAAAAAUAGUUUCAUGUUGUCUUAAUUGAAAAUAUACUUUAUGAGCCGAGCAUUUGUGUGAUAAUUAGUUAGCUACACAACUGGAAGCUGUAAUUCUUCCUCUUUUUCUGUCCAUGUCUGGUCCCUUUUUGUCCUGUCAUGACUGAUUAGCCGUAACAGAGACAUUCUGCUGCGGUAGUUCAACAAACUGCUCUUCUUUUAAAUCCCAUAUCUUUUGUUUAUGCUUGGUCAUUGCCACUACUGUGUUUGUAGCUUUCCCGUGAAUUUUGUGUAAUCCUAUUGGUGGAUUUUACACAAGUGUUGUAGCAGCCGUCACACUCUGAGAUUUUGAGCUAAAUUUUCGGACACUGCCAGAACUUUGUCAUCAACUGUUUUUGGUCGAGGCUGCACUAAAUCGGCCACCAGUGAGCAUGUCACAUUAUGUGUUCUGAGACCACUGAUCUCAAAGCUUAUCCAUUACGAUACACGAUUAAGCCUGCAAAAGUAAAAUCGGGCCGAAUAUCAUACAGUGUAAACCCAGCUUAAGACUUUGAAUUAUGAGAAGACAGUAGUUUUAAAGUCAAGUUUAAAGUAGAAGCCUCCCAGCUCUACUAUAGAUUACAUAACCACCAAGAAUUUAUGAAAACAAGACAGCUGCACAAUAAAUUCAGGUGGUGCAACACUAAUGUUUUUUCCUAAAUGCUUCUCAGGCACUUCCUUUCUUCUGUUACUUUGAUAGUAGCUGAUGAACUAAAUCUGUACACAUAGUAAAUUUGGCUAAACAUUGUCCUCUAAACUGGAUAAAGUCCUACACUUUCUCAGUAACAUCCAGCUGCUGGAUACUUGCAAGUAGGGGUGGGUUUUGGAAUUUGAAAAGAAAAUUGAAGCCUGUAUUAGACACUAUAUCAGUCUCUGUCCCUCUCUCUCCUUUUCCCUCCUUCUUUCUCUGCCACUAUCAAGUGUGCAUGCCUCACUAAGACCCCGUGGGUGCAAAACAGGGUACUGGGCAUUGUGGAUGAGGGCAACGGCUGCCAAAAUGCCUUAAACUCCUGCAUGUGAGAGUGCCAUUCAUUUCCCCUGAUAUUUCAGGUCAGAACAGAGGGAUUUUAAUUUUAUUUAGAAUUUAGAUUUUAAUGUAUGUGCUGUUUAACAAUGAGUCACCCAAGGACUGAAAGAAAGGAAUGGAUUUCAGUGGCAAUUCACACAAGUAGUGUGGUGAGCCUCCUGAUAAAAGGAGGAAAAACUAAUAUGUUGGAAUUUUCUGAUCAGCUAGUGUGUUUUGAAGUUCUGAUUCACACAUGUGGUAAUGGAACAGGGGAAUGCAGGUUUGUUUGGAAUACUGCUUUUUAUUAUGUACCUGAACUCAAUAUUUGAUUCUAAUAAUCUAUUCUUAUUGAUUAUUUUACUUUGGAAGCGAUCUUAGUGAUCUUUAAUGAGCACAUAUUUAGUGUGCAUUAUUUGGUAAUGAAACAGUUGAUUCAGCUGAGUCUCUUCUCAGGUGUUGGGGCAUUUCCCUAAAUUCCCAUUUGAUUUCCCCAGUUUUUGCUUUAAAUAUAUAAUCAAAAGACAGAAUGAAAAUAGUAGGGUGAUACAGUGGGUAGCGUUACCACGUCAAAGCUCCAAAGUCCUGGGUUCAAUCCUGAGCUUAGGUUACUGUCUGUGUGGAGUUUUGCAUGUUCUCUCCCGCUAUGCUAAAUUGCCCCAGGUGAGUGAGUGAGCGAAUGAAUGAAUGCAUGCAUGCAUGCAUGCUACCCUGAAAUGGACUGGUGUCCUUUCUAAGGUGCCCAGUGUUAACAGAAUUAACCAGGCUAAGGUGGUUACUAAAGAUGAAUGAAUGAAAACAGUUUACUCAGCUGUAAUAAGAUCAAUUUAACUCGUUAGGAACUUAACAGCAGCUUCAGCAUGUGCUAUUAUAGCUUGCUUUUUUUGUCUUUAAUAAUUUGUAUUAGUUUUGCUUUUGUAAUUAUUGUAGUAUCACAUCGGAGUUCAACUCCUUGACCUCAGCUAAUUGAUUUCAGGCAUAAAUCCUUGGGAUGGGAGGUAAAACAUUUCUCUUACUCCUAUUCGAAAUUACUCCCAAGUUUCCCCACAUCGAGUAGGAAAUAAUAGCGUCUGCACUAUUGGAGCCUGAGACUGCAGCACUGCUUUACUGAGCUGCAGCUUGCGCGCGCAUGUUUAGCUGCGUUUUGCCGGUUCGUGCGUUAACACAGUUUUUGUUUGGCUCGUUUCAGUAGUCUGACAGAAAGCCCGUGGGUUUGACUGAUCUGGCAUGCCGGCUUUUCUGCAUUCCAGCGUAGGGUGAAAGACGGAACAGCGCAGAAAAACACAGUGGCUCUGUUAGUUACCCAGUUACUUGGUUUCGUUUGGUCUGAGGGAUGUAAGUGAACUAUCGAGGCCAAUAUGGAGUAUAUGGAAGUAUCCUCAGAUCGCUCCCCCAGACGGAGGAGCAUCUCUGGCCUUGGCAGCUCUGAGAAGAACAUCUCAGUGGAUGGGCCCAACUCCUCACCCUUCAAAGUGCCAGGGUUUUUUAGUAAGCGACUGAAAGGGUCAAUCAAGAGGACAAAGAGCCAGACUAAACUGGAUCGGAACCCAAGCUUCAGGCUACCGUCACUGCGGCCUACUGAGAACGACAGGUCACGAGGCCUGCCCAAGCUGAAAGAGUCCUGUUCACAUGAGUCUUUGCUCAGUCCUAGCAGUGCUGUGGAGGCACUAGACCUCAGCAUGGAGGAGGAUGUGUACAUUAAACCGCUUCACAGCAGCGUGCUGGGACAGGAGUUCUGUUUCGAGGUGACGUACUCAGGGGGCACUAAGUGCUUCAGCUGUUCCUCAGCUUCUGAGAGAGACAAAUGGAUGGAAAACAUCAGGAGGACUGUGCAACCAAAUAAGGACAACUGCCGGCGUGCAGAGAAUGUGCUGCGCCUGUGGAUCAUCGAGGCCAAAGACUUACCGCCCAAGAAGAGAUACUUCUGUGAGCUGUGCUUAGAUGAUGUACUGUAUGCACGCACCACCAGCAAGGUGCGCUCAGAUUGCCUAUUCUGGGGUGAGCACUUUGAGUUCGGUGGUCUACCUGCCAUCAACAGCGUCACUGUGCAUGUGUAUCGUGAUGCUGACAAGAAGAAGAAAAAAGACAAGAGCAACUAUGUUGGACUGGUGAACAUCCCAGUGCAGGCCGUGAGUGGACGCCAGUUUGUGGAGAAGUGGUACCCAGUGAGCACACCCACCAGCAGCAAGGCGAAAGGCGGGGGCCCAUCCAUCCGUAUCAAGUGCCGCUUUCAGAGUGUCGCAAUCCUGCCCAUGGAGCUGUACAAGGAAUUUGCAGAGUUUGUCACCAACAACUACACUAUGCUGUGUUCAGUGCUUGAGCCUGUAAUCAGUGUCAGGAAUAAGGAGGAGAUGGCCAGUGCACUCGUGCAUAUACUGCAGAGUACUGGCCGAGCAAAGGACUUUCUGACAGACCUGGUCAUGUCUGAGGUGGAUCGGUGUGCAGAUCAUGACGUGUUGAUCUUCCGGGAGAACACUCUAGCCACCAAAGCCAUAGAAGAGUACCUCAAACUUGUGGGUCAGAAGUAUUUGCAUGAUGCCCUAGGAGAGUUUAUCAAAGCUCUGUAUGAGUCGGACGAGAACUGUGAGGUGGAUCCAUCAAAGUGCCCCAGCAGUGAGCUGCCUGAACACCAAAGCAACUUAAAAAUGUGCUGUGAGCUAGCCUUCUGCAAGAUCAUCAACUCCUACUGUGUCUUUCCACGUGAGCUGAAGGAGGUGUUUUUCUCAUGGAAGCAACAGUGCCAUGCUCGGGGGAAGCAGGACAUCAGCCAGCGACUAAUCAGUGCCUCGCUGUUUCUGCGCUUUCUCUGUCCAGCCAUCAUGUCGCCGUCCCUCUUCAACCUCAUGCAGGAAUAUCCUGAUGACCGUACCUCACGUACUCUCACCCUCAUCGCUAAAGUCAUCCAGAACCUUGCCAACUUCACCAAGUUUGGCAACAAAGAGGAGUACAUGGCCUUCAUGAAUGAUUUCCUGGAGCAUGAGUGGGCAGGCAUGACCCGCUUCCUGCUGGAGAUCUCCAACCUCGAAACCAUCUCCAACACACCGGGCUUUGAGGGAUAUAUUGACUUAGGCCGUGAGCUCUCGCUGCUGCAUGCCCUGCUGUGGGAGGUGGUGUCUCAGCUAGACAAGGGUGACAAUUCCUUCCUGCAGGCGACGGUGGCCAAACUGGGGCCUCUGCCACGCAUCCUGGGUGACAUCACAUGCUCACUGUCCAGCCCCACACCAAUCCAGCAGCAGCUAAGACGUUUCCAAGACCAUGGCUCCACCCACAAUAUCAGUGGCAGCAUCUCUUCGGGACUGCAGGGGAUAUUUGAGGACCCAAAUGACAGUGAAAUUCGGAAUGCCAAAUCUCCAGUGCAAGAACAUACAGAAGUUUUGUCAUGUGGAAAGCCCCCCUUACUGUGCCAGCAGCCAUCCCUGCACAGCAUGAGCUUCUCUGACAAGGAGCGAGAGAGCCACCUGCCUAACGGGCGCAGCAUCUCCCUGAUGGACCUGCAGGACUCCCACCUUCUUCAUGAAGCCCCACCGAGAAUAGGCCGCAUAGGUUCUCAAGCGUCCAUCGACCCACUGCCUCCCCCUCUUCCUCACCUCCAUCACCACCAUCCACAGCAGCAGCAGGCCAAAGUGGUCACGCUAAAGGAAAACGUACCUCAGAGUGCACCACAGGUCUGCCGGCCUCUGCAACCAUCUUUAAGCCAGCAGCGCAGCCUACAGCCACUCUGCUUUCAGAACCCUGUAUACCAGCUAAGCAACAUGCAUGCACUGCGCUCAUCUCAGGCGCCACUUCAGGCCCACUCCAGCUCAGAGAACCUGAGCACAGCAAGCUUGCACAGUGCCAGCCCCAGCACUACACCCAGGAAAAAGUUGCCCUCCACCACCAGUCUCGAGGAGGAGGAAGCACCCUCUCCGUGCUGGCAUACAGCCCUAGUCGACACCCAGUCAGGGCCACAAGUAAUGGCUGUAGCCAGACAGAGUGGUGCGGGGACAGCACAUAUUGUAAAGGUGGAACAGCAAAGUAGAACAAAUGGAGGGGUGUCACGCUCACUACCAUAUAGCAUCUCACUACGCAGCAGUAGCAGUGUCAAUAUGGACCGACAACAGCAAAGUGAAGCUAGCUCCAGACAGCAGUCCAUCUGCUCACGAGACAGCCCCAUCCCAAGCAACAGAACUAACAGACAGGUGCACUCUCCUGUCGAGUCAGUCACCAUGUCUCCUGUUGAGCGGACGGCAGCAUGGGUGCUGAAUAAUGGCCAGUAUGAGGAGGAUGAGGAGGAAACCCAGAGCAAGAAGGAAAGCAAACAUGUGGAGAAGUAUGAGCAAGAGAUCACAAAGCUGAAAGACCGGCUGUGUGUGUCUGGCCGCCGCUUAGAAGAGUAUGAACGCCGACUUGUGGCACAAGAGCAACAAAUGCAGAGGCUGCUGCUGGAGUACAAGACUCGCCUGGAAGACAGUGAGGAGCGCCUGCGGCGGCAACAGGAGGAGAAGGACAGCCAAAUAAAGAGCAUUAUCUGCAGGUUAAUGGCAGUGGAGGAGGAGCUGAAGAGAGACCAUGCGGAGAUGCAGGCGGUUAUAGACGCAAAGCAGAAGAUCAUAGAUGCACAGGAAAAGCGGAUCAGCUCCCUUGAUGCAGCUAACUCACGCCUCAUGAGCGCCCUCACUCAGGUCAAAGAGCGCUACAGCAUGCACAACCUUCGCAAUGGCCUCUCGCCCACUAACCCCACCAAGCUCUCCAUCACUGAGAAUGGAGAGUUCAAGAACAGCAGCUGCUGAUCAGGUCACUCGCACCUGUCGAAUUGUGCUAGUCAAUGCCCAGACACAGGAUCACUGGCACCAGUUAGACUUUGGACUAAGUGUCUGUGCCAGUGUCAGUGGCGAUGUUCUCUGACUACUACAUAACAUCUUAUGCAAGGAAUGUUUGGUUACAAUGUAUAUAGAUUGUAUCUUGCAUUGCGCUUGUACAGAAAGGAGUAAAUGAGUUUAGAGAUAUACUGCGUCAGUGAUUUUAUGUUUUAAAUACUGAUAACUGAUACUGAUACAUGAGGCUUUAGAUUGCAGUCUAAAAUAUUUUUAAAUAUUGUUAAACUAAGAUAUGAAAUAUUGAGGAUAUGUACAUAUCAGAUAAUGGAACUGUUUUGAAAGAAGAUGCCAUGAAAGCACAUAGAAGAGGUUUGUAGCUCUUACUAAUGUGGGCAAACAAACAGAAGGCAGUUUUAUGCACUCAGUUUUAUAACUCAAGUUUUCUAUGUUUUUGAUCUUCAAUUUCAACCGUUUUAUUUGAUCUCAGUUUUUUGUUUUCUUUUGUUGUUGUUUUGCUUUAAUAUUACCUGAUUUAAGGUCAAGUUCAGCAGACAAACUGGCUGGCUGCUUUGAAAUCGUAUCAGCUUUACACCAUUGAAACAAAAAAGUCACCAAUAAUUUGUAACUGAAAAUAAGAAGUAAAUUUAUCAAUUAUUUUUUCCUGCGACACUACAUGGCUAAAAGUUUGGAUACCUGACCCAUAUGUGCAUUUUGAACAUCCCAUUCCAGAUGUAGUCCCCCCUUUGCUGUUAUAAAAACUUCCACUCUUCUGUGAAAGCUUUCCACUAGAUUUUGGACUGUGGCUGUGUAGAUUUGCUCAUUCAGCCAAAAGCAAUAGUGAGAUCAGGCAUUGAUGUCAGAUGAAGAGGACUGGGGCACAGUCAGUGUUCCAAUGGUGUUCUGUGAGGUUGAGGUCAAGCCUUUGUGUAGGCCACUCGAGUUCUUCUCCUCCAACCGUGUUAAACAAUGUCUUCAUGGACCUUGCUUUGUGCACCACGGCAUUGUCAUGCUGAAACAUGAUUGGGCCCCUUAGUUCCAAUGGGAAAUUGUAAUGCUACAGUAUACAAAGACAUUCUAUACAAUUGUGCGCUUCCAGCUUUGUGGCAACAGAUUGGGGGAGACCUGCAUAUGGGUGUGAUGGUCAGGUGUGCACAUACUUUUGACCAUAUAGUGUAUUAAGUAUGUUUUCAGCUUUACCCCUCUGAUGUAAAUGUACAGAGUGUUGAUCUAGCACCUGUGUCUCCCAUUCAUAACCUAAUAAAUGCAUUGUCAGGCCUAACUAAUCCAAAUCCAGUGCUGGUUAGCAUACUUCAUGCUGCUUUAUGCAGUGGCUCAGACAAAAAUCCUUUUCAAAUCCCUGAUCUUUUACAAUCUUGUUUGCCAAUGACUACUGUUAAACCACACUGUUUUGCCAUAUUGGCCUCACUCCAAUGUAAACAAUAUUUUGUAGCACAGAGGUGCUGAAUGCAUUUUUGACAUUGUCACUGUUCUGUAACAUUAUGACAAGAUUGUGAGGAAUAAAGAUGGUUGAGACUCCA